AUGACGCUGGAAGAUUUUGAGAAAUCAUUGGCGCAGGAUCAGGAGAAGAGGAGAGAAACUACUGACCGGGAUCGGCAUCAUCGAGACCGGGAUCGCGACCGCAGCAGAGACCGAUCAUCGCGACACCAUCGUCAUCACCGGUCCAGCCACCACCACCAACGCCAUUUGUCCCGAUCUCGCGAACGAGGAAACGAGAAAGAUCAUGAGCCCCGACACCGAGAUGAGCAUGGCCACAGACAAAAGCGCUCGCGCCGUUCAGCGGACGAUGAAGACCACGCGCAGAAGCGUCGACACCGCUCUAGUCGCGAUGAAGAGUCGUCUGCGCCUAGAACGGUUACCCAGGAGGAGCCCACGAAUCUGAAACGAGACUCCUGGAUGGAGGCGCCCUCUGCACUCGAUGUCGAAUACGUUCAACGACGGAAUACUGGACUGGAAGAGGUACCGAAACCUACAAUGCUCCAAGCUGAUUUCGAGCUCAAGAUCCACGAUAAAGAGCUCAAUAGCCACCUUCGUGACCUCAAGGAAGGAAAACAGUUAGAAGAUAUUCAGGAGGAAUCCCAGCAUGAGGUGGACUACACAUUUGGCGACGCAGGGUCUCAGUGGAGAAUGGCCAAGCUCCAAGGUAUCUACAGAGAAGCCGAAGAAACCGGCAAACAUGUUGACGACGUUGCCCUCGAACGCCUUGGUGAUCUACGUUCAUUUGAUGAUGCACGUGAGGAAGAGACUGAAAUGGAUCGGCGCAAGAUGUACGGCAACUCCUAUGUGGGCAAGGACAAACCGAGUGGAGAGCUAUUCCAAGAGAGAAAGCUCAAAAAUCAAAUUCGCAGGGACCAAGAAAAUGUUCGUGACCCAGCGGAAGACCUUACAGCUAAGGGUCAGGGACAAAAAAUGGAUGUUGAGCCCACCACGAACGCUACUCAGCCGUUGAAUCUCACGGCAUUGAACCGUCUUAAGGCGCAGAUGAUGAAGGCAAAACUGAAGAAGGCCCCAAAUGCAGCUGAGCUCGAAGAGCAGUAUAUUGCGGCAGCUGCGGCCAUGUCUAACCGGAAGGAGCCUGAUGUUGUUGUGCUAGGUGUUCAGCAGAACAGAAUGCUCGCUGGCGCGCGGAAUGAAGUGAUUCCCGUUGACAACAAGCGAGGUCGCGAGCGGGGUCUAGUGCAGGCAAAUGAAGACAUGUCCAUCGAGGAUAUGGUUCGAGAGGAACGCAAGACUCGGGGCCAAGCUGGAGGAGAAGGAAAGCGCUUGGCAGAACGCAUUGCGGGUGAUGGGAAAUUCGAGAACGAGCUUGAAUAUAUGGAUGACAAUGCUUCCAAGCUAGCAAAGAGAGUCCACCGUUCUGAAAUUGACAUCAAGAAUGCGACAGUCAAUGACUUCCGCAAGAUGAACAAGAUCUUGGACAACUGCCCGCUCUGCCAUCACGAAGAUACCAACACGCCCCCUAUUGCACCAGUAGUUUCCCUUGCAACCCGAGUUUUCCUUACCCUUCCUACAGAGCCUGAGAUCAGCUCAGGGGGUGCCACAAUCGUACCCAUUCAGCAUCGAAACAACCUAAUAGAAUGUGAUGACGAUGAAUGGGAGGAAAUCCGGAACUUCAUGAAGAGCCUCACACGGAUGUAUCACGAUCAAGGCCGGGAUGUGAUUUUCUACGAAAAUGCAGCCCAACCACAACGCAAGCGGCAUGCUUCUAUGGAGGUGGUUCCCCUUCCUUACAGUCUUGGAGAAACAUCUCCUGCAUUCUUCAAAGAAGCGAUUCUCAGCGCUGAAUCCGAAUGGUCCCAACAUCGCAAGCUUAUUGACACCCUUGCAAAGGCCAAGCAGGGACUGGGACGAUCUGCAUUCCGAAAAACUCUGGUGAAGGAAAUGCCCUACUUCCACGUCUGGUUCGAACUGGAUGGUGGUCUAGGGCAUAUUGUCGAGGAUGAGAACCGCUGGCCCCGUGGCGAUCUAUUUGCCCGCGAGGUCAUCGGAGGUAUGCUCGAUGUAGCUCCUGAUGUUAUCAAACGCCAGGGCCGCUGGCAACGGGGAACUGACCGAAGGGUAGACCCGUUCAGAAAGCGCUGGAGAAAGUUCGACUGGACUCGCAUCUUGGUUGAAGGAUAG